AUGAAUCCAAAAGAAUUAAAUAUUAAAAAAUUACAAUUUUUAGAGCGUAUAUCAAAGACCAAUGAAGAAAUUAAAGAAUUAGAAAAAUCAACGAAAAAUCAGACUGAAAGCGAACUAUGGAAAGUAGAGAGAAGUAUACGACUGACAGCCUCAAAUUUUGGAAAGGUUUGUAAACUACGAGCAACAACUUCAAGAAAAAACACUGUUAAAAAUAUAUUAUAUAAUACAUAUGCCGGUAAUUUAUCGACCAACUAUGGCAUCGAAAAUGAACCAAUAGCAAGAAUUUCCUUCGAAAAAGUGAUCAACUCAAAAAUCAAACUAGCUGGUUUAUUUAUUGAUAAGACAUAUCAUUUUUUGGCUGCAAGACCUGACGGGUUAAUCGAAGAUGAUGGUAUAAUAGAAAUUAAAUGUCCAUACACUACUAAAGAUUUACGACCUGAAGAUGCUAUUCAAUGUGGAAAAUUGAAAUUUGCGACAGUCGUCGAUGGAAAAUUAAAUUUAAAAACAAAUGAUAAUUACUAUUAUCAAAUACAAGGACAAUUACACAUAACACAAAGAUCUUACUGUUAUUUCAUUUUGUGGUCAUCCAAAGGUAUAUAA